AUGCUGCGAGUCGCAAGAGGGCCGUGUAUGUUGAACAAGCCUGUGCAACCUGCAAAACUCGCAAGACGAGGUGUGAUGGAAGUCAUCCUUGUGAACCUUGUCAACGUCGAUCCCUGGAAUGCCGAUACGCACGAAAUCCGGCUGAUAGCACUCAGCAAACAGAUGACUCUCCAAGCAGUCUUACCUCCAGCGCCUCAAAGUCAAGAUCUUACCGUAUUGAAUAAGCUCGUCUACGCGCUUCAAUCAAAGGUUGCCAUCCUGGAGCAACAACAAGUCCAGGGAACUGGAACCAGAUCACCUCAUGGGACCAUCUCAAAUAAACUACGAAAAAUUGGUGAGGGAAUGGAUAGAGAACUUCCCUCUCAGCCCAAUUUUUCGACGUUUGCCGGCCCGACGAGCGCAAACUUCAGCUUCGGCCUUGCUAAGUUAAUGCUCGAUCAAGAAAAUGCUUCUGAAGCAGGAAUCUCCGACUUGGAGCAAGAAGUUGAAUUGGCCGGCUCCGUAAGUCUCGGUAGAGAGACAGAUGAAGACGAUGUUCCAGGAGCUGUCGAUUUCCAAGAGCUUCAACGGAACCCGAUGAACUCUAAGCUACUAUAUGGGAUGGAGAAGAGUCAUGCACUUAAUCUUCUCCAGAUCUACCAUGAAUGCGUAGGAGUUCUGCAUCCAAUUGCAGAUAUCUCCUCCCUACAAACCCAAGUUGACCUACUCUGGCCAUCGUCCAAAACUUCGCUGCAGGACAAGAGUAUCCCUCCCACCCAAGGCGGAAAUUUCGCUCACUUGAAAAUGGUUCUUGCGAUCGGACUCUUGGCAGAAGGUGGAGGUGCGAGCGCCUUGAGUGAAAGGAUCUUCCACGAGCUCCAGCCGGUCGCUACCAGCGUAGUAUUUGCAAAGAAUUUCAAUCUGCAUGGCCAGAUACUGUUGCUCCUCAUGGCCUUCUUCCACAUGUUCAAGGAUGAUUGUCGUCUUGCUUCACGCUAUGUCGCGAUUGCAUGCCGCCUGAUGAUCGAAGCUGGACUUCAUCAAAAGCACAUAUUAAUGCGCCGCUUUAUUCAAAGUGAGGCCCGUACAGAAGUCAUCAACGUCCUCGUGGCAUGCGUAAUCCUUGAUCGUCAGCUCAACUUCAAUGCAGGAUUGCCUUUCACCUUGAAGGAUACUGAUAUUGACAUUACCGAGACAGGUACAUUGAAUCCAUAUGCGAAAGCGAUGACUUCUUACAUCAGGAUCGGACCUCCUGCCUGGGCCGCUGUGACGGACGAGCGUGGUAGAGCGAAACAGCGAAUCAAAGACGAGGACUUUGACUACGUAGAUUAUCAAGUGCAGCGCUGGCAGGAGAGUCUGCCAGCCUAUCUACGUCUCCAGAGGGGAGCGAAUGCUAUCAAAACCACUAGCGACGGUCAUAUAUACGUGGACCAAGGCACACAAUUCCUUCGAUUCAUCUUAUAUCUGCGCGCAAACCAAUUCCGGAUUGUUGUCAUGAGACCUUUGCUGUUCUCGUCGCAGACAUACAUGGCAAACAUCAAACGUAUUAGGAUCGUGGCGCAAAUUGCACAAGAUACGGUUGAAACAAUCGAAGAGAUGAACGAAAAGUACGACCUUUAUAAGAAACAGCAACCCGUUUUGAAUUUGUUCUUGUCCUCGGCACUUUCUACACUGUUUCUGGUCUACAUUCACAGCCUACGAGAACAGCGCACCGGUGCCAGUGAUGACACCCUCGAGUUGGCCACUUGGAAUCAAGGUGUGAGGGAUGGACUCAACAAAGGACUGGCACUAAUACAAGCUUAUUCAACAUAUCGGUCCUCCCAGCGUCUGUGGCAAAAGUUCGCCGGGCCUCAUGGGCUCCUAUCCCGCCUCAGCCUUGCCGACCAUGCUCAGACGGUGGAGGGAGCUACUUCGACGGUCUCGGGUUCUAGAGGCGUCUCUUUGCAAUCCGGCACUAGUUAUGAACCGCCUAAGGACUCCGAUAUCCACGGGCAGACUCAACCACCGACAGUCGGGUCAGCUAUCGAGCCACCUGCCUAUCCAGAUCCCGCAGCCGCCGAUUUCCGACUGAUUCAGACUGCCAACCCUUUUCAACCCUAUGAGUUCACGGAUUACUCGCCCUUACCAUUUUUAAACAUGAAUCCACUACUUGUAUCGAAUGAUAUUGAUGUUUUCUACGAUAAUAUGUGGGAUGACAACAUGUUCUAA